UCAAUCAAACAAUCAAACAUUAGUUGUUCAUCAUCAUGUUCAACUAAACACAAUCAAUCAGAUACCUGUCAAUCACUUCAGAGGCAACAACAUGAUAAAUCAAACACACAACAAGAUCAACAACAACAACAUGAUAAACAACAUGAUAAACAACAACAUAAUGGACUUAGUCAAUAUCAUCAACAAGGUACAUUCUUUAAGAAGGUGACGGAUGAACAGUUUGCAAUGUUGGAUCAAUCAACUUAUAUACAAACAUCAACAAGACAUAAUGAAUUACGUCAACUUAUAAUGGAGAUUGAUGAUAUUGAAGAUGAACAACAAAAGAUACAAAGAUUGGAUCACUAUCGUAACACAAUACCAGAGUUCAAUGAGUUUGUACUCAAGAUGUUGGCAACCAUUGGAUCAUUAGACAACCUCUCAAUCACUACCGAUGGAGUACUCACGCCAAAGAAGCUU